GGCGGUACGCCGAGGCCGCGCCCAGGCUGGCCCGUGGCGGUGCCCGCGCCCGGCAGCCGGUGGGCGGGCGCUGAGAGCGACAUGGCGGCCCCGCGGCCCUGCGCGGAUGGCCACUGUUGCUCCCACCCCAGCGCGGCGCCCGGCGUGCAGCAGACGCUGGACGAGAUGGACUUCGAGAGGGGAAUCUGGUCAGCAGCCCUGAACGGAGACCUGGGCCGAGUGAAGUAUUUAAUCCAAAAGGCAGUGGACCCCAGCCAGCCUGACUCCGCAGGCUACACGGCUCUACAUUACGCCAGCCGCAAUGGGCACUACGCCGUGUGCCAGUUCCUGCUGGAGAGCGGGGCCAAGUGUGACGCCCAGACCCACGGGGGAGCCACUGCCCUGCACCGCGCCAGCUACUGCGGGCACACGGACAUUGCCCGGCUCCUGCUCUCGCACGGCUCCAACCCCAGGCUGGUGGACGCCGACGGCAUGACCAGUCUGCACAAGGCUGCUGAGAAGGGUCACAUGGACAUCUGCUCCCUCCUGCUGCAGCACAGCCCAGCCCUGAAGGCCGUGCGGGACCGGAAGUCCCGGCUCGCCUGCGACCUGCUGCCUGGCAACAGCGACCUGCAGGACCUGCUGGCCAGCUGAGUCGCCGCCUCCUGUCUCAGCCGUGCACUGAGGACUCGGACAGCUCUCCCAGCCCCCACCUGGACAGCACCCGAGCCGCAGGGUGAGAGCCUGAGGCCGAAGGACCGGCAGAGCCACGUUCUGACCCCUCGAAGCGAGGGAAUUUAGCUUGCGGGGGCUGCCAAGGUUGCCGCCUGGACAGAUGAUCGUAUUCUAAAUUAGCUCAUGUGGAAACAUCUAUCCAUUUAGAAAAAAUAAAGUUACAGCCUUACCUCAUCCCCUGCACAAAAAUAAAUUUAGAGUUAAGACCCAAA